AUGGCUUCUUCUUCUUCUUUGUCUUGCACCUGGAGACACCGUGUAUUCGCGAGCUUCCAUGGAAAAGAUGUUCGUAAAACAUUUCUUAGUCAUCUACGCAAGCAGUUUGACUACAACGGGAUUUCGAUGUUCGAUGAUCAAGAGAUCCAGAGAAGCCAAACCAUCCCCUUUGCGCUCACACAAGCGAUUAGAGGGCCGAGGAUCUCGAUCGUGGUGCUCUCGGAGAACUAUGCUUCUUCAAGCUGGUGUUUACAAGAAUUGGUGGAGAUUUUGGAGUGCAAGAAAGAUAUUGGACAACCAGUGAUGACCAUCUUCUAUGGAGUAGAUCCGUCUGAUGUGCGGAAACAAACGGGAGAUUUUGGAAAAGUUUUCAAGAAAACAUGCUCUCGUAAAACAGAGGAGGAGAGGCGAAGAUGGAGCAAAGCUUUGACCGAGGUUGGCAACAUAGCCGGGGAACACUUCCUAAACUGA